UUCAGAGACAAAAGUUCUGCUUAGAAUCUUCUCAGUGAUGGCACUCUCAUUGAGUCAACCCCACUUCUCAGGGGCACUCCUCCUGAUGGUGGUGUCAAACUUGCUGCUGUGGGAGAAAGCUGCAUCAAUUCUUCCAUGCCUCGCAGAAAAGAAUGGCUGCUGGAACCCGCUUGUGGAAACAUUUAACAGUGCCAUUCAGAAAGCUGAAACCCUCCGUAAUCUUGCUGACCAAUUUUAUGUAGAACUUUAUCGCAACCAAUUCUCAUCUGGAGAAUUUUUGGCUCUUAAUUCAAAGAUGAUUAGGCGGGAUGAGGCUGUUGUCAGAGCAGGAACUUUUUGCCAUUAUACUCUCUCAAACCCCCCAGAUAGGGGAACUGAGCAUGAAGAUAUUAAAACUGAAAAAUAUUUAAAAACUUUGAUCAAUUAUGUGGGUGCCUGGAUCAGCCCUCUGUUCCAUCUAGUGACUGAACUGAGGGCCAUGCAAGAUGUCCCUGAAACGAUCCUUUCAAAAGCCAUGGAGAUUGAAGCAAACAAAAGAGAACUGAUGGAUGACCUCAGGUGGAUACUCACCAAGGUCUAUCCUACAUCAGAGAUGAAGGAAGAAUUUCCUAGCUGGGAACAUCUUUCAUUCUUAAAAUCAGAUGGCAAAAGUCAAAAAUUUUUGGCAAUAUUUAACCUUUGCAACUGCAUAUACAAUGAAACAUACCACAUUCUAUUAUAUCUCAAAACUUUGAAGUGUCGCAUAACUGGGGAAGAUUGCUAAGUCCACAUCUCCUCUGUCUGUUUUGUAAAUGUUCCACCACAGUCCAUUGCCGAGAUGUCUCUUUUGAUUGUAUAUCUUUUGAAUACUUGUGGGGGUAUAAGGGGUCUCUUUUUUAAAAAAAUAAAAGCAUUAUCUUCAGAAAUA